AUGCCGUCCUCCUGCAAAGACAUCCGCGCCGCCCUCGCUCAGUGCCUCCAGAACAGCGACUGCGUCCUCAUCGACCGCAACACCCCCGCCGACUGCAUCCGUCCACCGCUCAAAGACACUCUCCCAACCCAGUGCCUGCAGCUAAUCCACGGCUACGGCCAAUGUAAGCGCGGAAUGGUCGACAUGCGAAAACGUUUCAGAGGCAACCAGCCCAUCUCCACGAGCGUCGAACUGGAAGGCGAGAAAGGCAAGAUGUUGUACGCUGGCAAGGGCACCUACGAGGGACUUGACGAGCAGCAGCAGAAGAGGAUGAAGGAGGGCGAUGAGUAUGAGGCGUUUACGAGGAAUGAUGGCAUUGAGGAUUUGAGGAAGAAGUCGUAA